GCAGUAAACAACACGUUUCUUGACGACUUGACGAACUUGACGACGAGAAGCACAUGGGUGCUUCAAAACGGCAUCUUGACGGCGUGAUUAUCGGGACGGAUGUUUAACUCUGCUUCAGAAUGGCUUCUAAGGCAGAUCUGAAGGAACUGUUCAAAGUUCAGGCGAAAUACGAUGCCUUUUACACCGGCGGACACGUAGAGUGGCCAGGAAAGGGCGACCAUCUUUACUGUCAGCAUGGCACCAGUGUCAAGGUUCUUAACGUCGAAGACGGCAAAGUGGACAAAUGCUUUGACUUGGGAGAAGAGGAGGAGGUGACAGCAUUUGCGGUGAGCCCAGAUGAGGGAAGCUUGGCCGUGAGCGGCCGCAACGGGCUGCUCAGGCAGUGGGACCUGGAGGCUGGCUCCCUGACCAGGACAUGGAAGUCUUUCCACACAGGCCCAAUCUCCUGCCUUGUGUUUGAUUCGAGUUGCACUCUGCUAGCGAGUGGUGGCUGCGAUUCCACCGUGAAGGUCUGGGAUGUUGUCCGUCAGUACUGCACACAUCACUUGCGUGGUGCUCAGGGGGUGUUCAGUGUCGUGCAGUUCCACCCAAAGCCUCAGGUGGGACGCCUGUUUGGUGCGGCAGACGACUACAAAAUCCAUGUGUGGGACUUGUCCAAGAGUGGCCUUGUGGGUUCCCUGGAGGGACACUUCUCCGUGGUCACCAGCCUUGUGUUCCUGGAUCAAGGUGACCGGCUGCUCAGCUCGAGCAGAGACAAGGUGGUCAUGCUUUGGGACACAAAAACUCUAAAAUCGCUCAAAACCAUUCCCGUAUAUGAGUCUAUAGAGUCCCUUGUGCUGGUUCCAGACUCCCAGCCUCCUCAGUUCAUCACAGCAGGAGAGAAGGGAGUCCUUCGUACGUGGAACACAAGCACCGCGACGUGUGUGCGAGAGCAGGAGAAGGGGCCAGCCGAGGAGGGUGCCAUUGUGCAAGCGCUGCACUGCCCUCACCGGAAAGCCCUGUCAGUGGUCACGUUUGACCACAACAUCACCCUGCGCUCCAUGGACGACUUCGGUAUCCAGAAACAGUUUGUCGGCUACAACGACGAAGUGCUGGAUGUGCGGCUGGUGGGCAAGGAGGAAGGCACCCUGGCAGCGGCCACCAACAGCCCCCACGUGCGCCUCUUCCAGCUGUCCACCUUCCACUGCCGCCUGCUGCGAGGACACUCGGACAUCGUCGUGGCAUUGGACACCUUCGCCUCGGACCCAACUCUCUUGGUCACCGUCUCUAAGGACAAUACUCUGAAGUUGUGGAGGGUUCAUGAGGAUGACCAUGUGGAGUGCUUGUUCACGGGGAAAGGCCAUACGCAAGCCAUUGCCUCUGUAGCCUGCUCACGGUUGACGUCGUCAUUCGUGGUGACCGGUUCCCAAGACACGACCUUGAAGCUGUGGGAGGUUCCCGAGAGGCCACGACUGGUGACGGUGGUAAACCCUUACGUGGGGGCGCCCCUCUCCUCCAAGCUGACCGUUGCAGCUCACGAGAAGGAUGUGAACUCGGUCAGCGUAUCGCCCAAUGACCAGCUCAUUGCAUCAGGCUCUCAGGACAAGACGGCCAAGCUUUGGAGUGCUGCUGACUUGAGCCUUUUGGGCACUUUUCGGGGGCAUCGAAGAGGCAUCUGGUGCGUCCAGUUCUCUCCUGUCGACCAGGUGCUGGCAACCUCCUCAGCUGAUGCUACCAUCAAACUUUGGUCACUUUCAGACUUUACUUGUUCUAAGACAUUUGAGGGCCAUGAGUGCUCUGUACUGAAGGUAAUCUUCCUAAGCCAUGGAAUGCAAUUGCUUUCAAGUGGGGCAGAUGGAAAUUUGAAGCUGUGGAAUGUGAAUGCCAACGAGUGUGUGCAGACGUUGGACGAACACCAGGACAAAGUGUGGGCCGUGACGGCCAAUGCGGACGAGUCCUUACUCGUCACAGGUGCCGCCGACUCUGCCAUUCUGGUCUGGAAGGACUGCACUUCAGAAGAGCGACAGGAGACCCUGGCAAAGCAGGAGACUCUCAUACUUCAUGAGCAGCAGCUGAGCAACUUAGUCAAGGAGAAGAAGUGGACAAAGGCGCUCAAACUGGCUCUGACGCUUGAGCAUCCUUUUAGGGCACUAACAAUUAUCAAAGAAAUGUUGUUGGAGGAAGACGGAGAAGAGAAACUCGGCAAGUCUCUGGCUCCUCUGAGAGAAGACCAAAUAGACGUGCUGCUGAGGUUUGCAGCCACCUGGAACACCAACAGCAAGCACAGUGCCGCGGCCCAGGCGGUGCUUGGCGUAGCGCUGCGGUCGCACCUGCCCGACGAACUGCUCCGGAUGCCCAACAGCAGGAGCACCCUGGAGGCUCUGCUUCCUUACACGGAGCGCCACUUCCAAAGGAUCAGCCGCCUGAAGCAGCAAGCAAUGUUCCUGGAGUAUUUGUGGUGCAACAUGAAAGUGGCAGGUGCAGACACAGAAAUCGUAAACAGAACCGAGUGAGCCGCCCAUCGGAUCAACAUGGGCCCGAUCAUUCAUGCGUCUUUAGAUCGUCAUUUUUAAUAAACCGUUGUACAUUGAUGUUA